GCUGUCGUGUUUGAUGACAAAUUUGCAAAUGAUCCAUUGAACUGCAAUGAGAUUGCGUAUGCAAUUCGUUUGUCCAAUACGAAGCGUCGAUAUAGCAGUGGAUUAGGUAUGGGAUUUGAGCCGUGGGACACAACACUUAAUUUUGCUAUUCAGUUCAUUUCUGGACCAGUCAAUGGCGAAGAACCGGAUGGAGGUGAUCCAGGAUAUUGGCAAGAAGGAUUUUUAACUCUACAACGAGCGAUCGAUGUUGCCAUCCAGGAAUAUCUCACCAAUAGACCAGCCACGGGAUUGGAUCAGCUUAACGUUAAGUUACAACGUUUCCCGUUCCCGCGAUAUGAAAAGCGAAUAAUUGAAAUUGGCAUCUUCAUUAUACCGGUCGUUCUGAUCUUCUCUUAUAUGACUAGUGUGAUCUAUAUCGUUCGAACCGUGGUUAUGGAGAAAGAAAAGCAUCUGAAGGCAUGA